CAACGGUCGUCGCUUGCUGGUUUUUGACUUUGCCUCGCAGUUACUUCCCGAGCUCGCCGCCUUCCUGCGGGCGGCUGGUGCUGUAGACUAGCAGGAAAUUCCCAAGAUGGAAACUUUGUCAUUCCCCAGAUAUAACGUAGCUGAACUUGUGGUUCAUAUUCGCAACAAGAUCUUAACAGGAGCUGAUGGCAAAAACCUCUCCAAGAAUGACCUUUAUCCAAAUCCAAAGCCUGAAGUCUUAUACAUGAUCUACAUGAGAGCCUUACAAAUAGUAUAUGGAAUUCGACUGGAGCAUUUUUACAUGAUGCCAGUGAACUCUGAAGUCAUGUAUCCACAUCUAAUGGAAGGCUUCUUGCCAUUCAGCAAUUUAUUUAUUCAUCUGGACUCAUUUCUGCCCAUCUGCCGGGUGAAUGACUUUGAGACUGCUGAUAUUCUAUAUCCAAAAGCAAAGCGGACAAGCCGGUUUUUAAGUGGCAUUAUCAACUUUAUUCACUUCAGAGAAGCAUGCCGUGAAACAUAUAUGGAAUUUCUUUGGCAAUAUAAAUCCUCUGCGGACAAAAUGCAACAGUUAAACACUGCACACCAGGAGGCAUUAAUGAAAUUGGAAAGACUUGAUUCUGUUCCAGUUGAAGAACAAGAAGAAUUCAAGCAACUUUCAGAUGAUAUUCGGGAGCUUCAGCAAUUGCUGAAUCAGGAGUUUCGUCAAAAAUCGAUAGUGCUGCAAGAGGGACAUUCUCAAAAGAAAUCAGAUAUUUUAGAAAAAACCAAGCGUUUGAAUGAACUAAAAUUGUCGGUGGUUUCUCUGAAAGAAGUACAAGAGAGUUUGAAAACAAAAAUUGUGGAUUCUCCAGAGAAGCUAAAGAAUUACAAAGAAAAAAUGAAAGAUACAGUACAGAAGCUUAAAAAGUCCAGGCAAGAAGUGAUGGAGAAGUACGAACUCUAUGGGGACUCGGUUGACUGCCUGCCUUCAUGUCAGCUGGAGGUGCAGUUAUAUCAAAAGAAAAUACAGGACCUUGCAGAUAAUAAGGAAAAAAUAACCAGUAUCUUAAAGGAGAGCCUGAACUUGGAGGACCAAAUUGAGAGUGAUGAGUCAGAACUAAAGAAAUUGAAGACUGAAGAAAAUUCCUUCAAAAGACUGAUGAUUGUGAAGAAAGAAAAACUUGCCACAGCACAAUUCAAAAUAAAUAAGAAGCAUGAGGAUGUUAAGCAAUACAAACGCACAGUAAUUGAGGAUUGCAAUAAAGUUCAAGAAAAAAGAGGUGUUGUCUGUGAGCGAGUAACCACAAUUAAUCAAGAAAUCCAAAAAAUUAAAUUUGGAAUUCAACAACUGAGAGAUGCCACUGAAAGGGAGAAACUGAAGUCACAGGAAAUAUUUCUAAACAUGAAAACUGCUUUGGAGAAAUACCAUGAAGGGAUUGAAAAGGCAGCAGAGGAAUGUUAUGCCAGGAUAGAUGAGAAAACAGCUGAACUGAAAAAGAAGAUGUUCAGAAUGUCAACCUGA